UCUAGCGGUCCGCGGGGUGAAGAUGGCGCACCACGCCAAGUUCAUCGCCCGGACGGUGAUGGUCCCGGGCGGGGACGUGGAGCUGGCCUACCGCGUCCUCACCAGAGUCCUCACUAUGGAUGGAAUCAUCGACCACGUCAAGCGGAGGCGGUAUUACGAGAAGCCAUGCCAGAAGAGGCGGCGGGAGGCCUACGAAGCGUGCCGGAGAAUCUACAACUCUCAAAUGGCCAACAAGAUCCACUUUCUCAUGAGGAAAAACCGCCCGGAUCCUUGGCUUGGUUGCUAAGCCAAAAGGCUUUCAUGGCAGAGGCCGCUUCCUAAAGAGACGCUGCUUUAUUAUCUGGGAAAAGUUGUGUUGAAGUCAAUAAAAAUCGAUAGAAUGUCA